AUGGCUUCCCCUAUUAUGAAACAACUAGACCAACUCUUGAUUAAAGAACUAAAACAAGAGCUUCGGUAUCGAGGUCUAAAGCAUGGUGGUAGCAAGGGGACACUUACAGCUCGUCUCCGGCAAGCCCUGAUUGAGGAAGAAGAAGACCCGGACAGUUAUCAAUUCGAAGUAGGGCUAGAUAUAACUGAACUCCUAGGUAAGAUGCAGGAAAAGAUGGAACUCCUAGGUAAGAUGCAGGAAAAGAUGGAACUACUAGGUAAGAUGCAGGAAAAGAUGGAUACACUUGAUAUAGGGAUUAGAACCAUGCAGGACAAAAUAGACACACUGUAUUCGGGGAUCAGGACUGAAUUGGUAUCGGUUAACCAGAAAAUAACAAAGAUGGAGGUCACGAUGAACCAGAGAGUCGAUAUGGUAGAAAAAGACAUAGAAAAACUGAAAGUUCAAGUUAGAGAAGGGCUCAAUGGUGAGUAA